AUCGUUCCUUCACUUCCCUGUCCUCCAGGCCACCGUGCCACCACAUCAACAGAUAUGCCCCUACCCGGAGUCAACUGCUGAAGUGAACUCCUCUCCAUUUCCCGUCUGUGUGAAACAUCAUGGGGGACUCGGACGCGGUCGGGCCCCCGCUGCUGUCCCGCCGGAAAAGGGCGACGGUCGGGAGAGGCUCGAGUGUGCAGCCGGUGAACGGGAGGUCUGCGGCGGCCCGUCAGAGCCCGGUGACCGUGGGAGCUGCUGGAGCUGGUGGUGCUGGUGGUGCUAGCAUGGUGGAGGAGGCGGCCAAGAGCGAGAAGAGGAGCCGGAGGAACGACAUGAGUGAACGCCUGAGUGGCUGUCACAAGACACAGGAGUCGCUGCUGAGUUCAUCCAGUGGUUACAACAACUACAGAGGAAUCCUCAAUUGGUGUGUGGUGAUGCUGGUGCUGAGUAAUGCUCGCCUCUUCUUAGAAAACCUUUUGAGAUACGGUGUACUGGUGGACCCUAUCGAGGUGAUUGCCUUGUUUCUGAAGGACCCCCACAGCUGGCCAGCAGCGUGCCUGGUAAUUGUGUCCAACGUGUUCAUUCUGGUGGCUCUGUACACCGAGCGGCAGCUGUCGAAGAGUUCAUUCAGUGAACCUGUGGGAUUUCUGGUCCACUGCAUUAACAUGGCAGUCAUUCUAACAUUCCCCGCUGCAGUGAUCCUGCUGGUCCCCUCCGUGACCCCAGUUGGUGGCGUGUUUGCACUUGGUGUUUACACCAUUCUCCUCCUGAAGCUCUACUCCUACAAGGACGUCAACAUGUGGUGCAGAGAGUUGAGUUCUGUCAAGGCCAAGAAGCUGGUCAGGUCGAUGUCUUGUCCCACAUCACAGCAUUUCAACAGAGGUGACCAAAUGGUGUGUUAUCCUGGCAACCUCACCAUCAGAGACAUGUAUUAUUUUGUCCUUGCUCCGACUCUGUGCUACGAGCUCAACUUCCCUCGCUCUCCGAAGAUUCGCAUGGGUUUCCUCCUGAGGAGAUUGUCUGAAAUGCUGUUCUUCACCCAGAUGUUAGUUGGUCUCACGCAGCAGUGGAUGAUUCCCGUCAUUGCAAGCUCCAUGAAACCACUGGAGGACAUGGAUCUGUCCUUAAUGACUGAGAGACUCCUGCGAUUAGCUGUUCCUAAUCACCUGCUGUGGCUCAUGUUUUUCUACUGGUUCUUCCACUCGUCGAUGAACUUCACUGCCGAGCUGCUGUGCUUUGGAGACAGAGAGUUUUACAGGGACUGGUGGAACUCUGAGACUGUGACAUAUUUCUGGCAAAACUGGAACAUCCCUGUACACAAGUGGUGUCUACGCCACUUUUACAAGCCGCUGCUGAGGAGAGGAUUUAGUAAAAUGAUCAGCCAAUCAGCUGUCUUCUUCUUGUCGGCUUUCUUCCACGAGUACCUGCUGAGUGUUCCUCUCAGGAUGUUCCGACUCUGGGCCUUCAUGGGCAUGAUGGUGCAGCUUCCAUUCGCCUGGUUUGUCGGGCGCUUCCUGCGCGGUAACUACGGCAACGCUGCAGUGUGGAUGUCCCUCAUCCUCGGUCAGCCGUUUGCCGUCUUGAUGUACGUCCAUGACUAUUAUGUCAUGCAGCACAGUCAGGAGGCUGACUGAUGCACACACACACACACACACACACACACACACACACACACACACAC